AUCAGUGCUGGAGCAAAACAACACCAGGUGAAAUAAAGCCCGUGUAUAGAUGUUUACGGUCAUGGCUCCGAGCUGCUGACAACCCCCGCCAACAUGAUGAACGACAUAAUGGAGGAGCCUGAGAAGGACAGUCUGCUGGAGGCGCAACAGGAACCCCAAGUUCUGUCGGGGUCAAGCAGCAGCACCAGACCCAAGACCACAGACGGAGGGAUCAGGACCUGGAGAAACGAGGGACCAUACAUCAUGUCCAGAGCUCCAGCCAUCCACCUCAAACUGCAAAAACACCGGGAGUUGGCGAGGAAAGCCCUGAAAAAAGAAAGCCCUCUCGUGCGGACACAGUUGACGCAUCAACCCCAGACAAGGAGUAAAAGAGGACAGUGAAUGUAUAACAGGGCUAACGCUGCUUUGAGUCAGCACGCUGAGGAUACUUUGGUUGCACUGGACUCGGAUAGUGAUGAAGAGAUCGACUUUGAGCAGUAUUCCUCAGGGUACUCUUCAGCAGAGGUCCACCCCGACCUGAGCCGGCAGCUGCUGCAGGACGGCUACCGUCUGGACGAGAUCCCUGACGACGAAGACCUGGACCUCAUCCCCCCCAAAGCCAUGGGCUCCUCGGUGUGCUGCUGCUCCGAGGGCCCGUCGUGCCAGCUGCAGUGACGUCGGUGCUGCGGUCCAGACCUUCGGGAGGAGAGGCCCGGUGACCUCAGGUGACCUUCGUUGACCUUCGUCGCUGGUGCCUGAUGUCGUCUUUCUGCUGCGGCUCCACGGCUGCUGCUGCCUGAGGACUUGCAGCUCUGCAGCUCGUAACGCAGGACUCUCUGCUGAGGCGGCCGCCGUGGCCGGCCUUAUCCACUGUGACCCCAGUUGACCAAUUUUUAUUUAUUCAUACUGCUUUUGUUUUACAAGAUGAUUCUAACUGCUCGACACUGCUCUGACGUGAGUGGCAGCGUCAGUCUCUCGGGAUGUGACGUCUUUAACUCAAGGAAAAAGAUGGGUUACUGUUCUGGUUUUUCUUUUCUUUUCUUGGUUUUUUGCCCCUGUGUUACGAACAGGAACAGGUCUGCUGCCUCCAAGCACAAUGUGCUUACAAGUAUGAUAGUUUGUGUUUGACGUUCCAAUCCGUUUGCUAAAUCUGAAUUUACUAUCAUUAUUGACAGGUGGAAGUCAUCUUUCUGACUGUUGCAUUAAUGUCCUGUUUUUUUUUUACUAUUCCCUCAAAAACUGAAAGAGUUUUACUGCUAAAUGAAGAUAGAGUCGAUGAGAGGGAACGCCCCCUGUGAUGUUCAACUGAAACAACUUCAUUUCUUCAUGCCUUAUGUGCAAAGAUAAAUGUUUUUCUUACUACUAUCUGCAAAAAAAAGUCCUAAGUUCCAGCAGCGCUGACUCUUCCACGGCUGCAGACGCCUCUGCAUGUCGACGGACGCCCAGCCUGACACUCCGCUUCCUCCACUUCCCUCAGUCACCGAGUUGAUCGCGUUGGGACUUUACGAGGUUUUGUAUUGUAAAUAUAUAAUUCCAGAAACGGCUAUCCUCCUACAUAGGGCUGGGCGAUAUGGACAAAAAGUUAUAUCUCCAUAUUUUCUAGCUGAAUGUUGAUACUCCAUAUAUAUCCAUAUUUUUUCUGUGCCAUAAUUGGGGUUUCCUCCAAAGCAUUAUAGCAUAGCAUCUCUGUUAGCAUCUCUGUUAGCUUCAUUUUUUCUGAGGCAAACCAUUAAAAAAACAGUCAGUUUUAAUACAAACCUCGUGCCAAAUGUCACACAGGUUCCUUUAUUAACAGAGGUCUGCACAAUAUCAACAUGUAUAAAACAAAUGAAAUAAAAAUAAACUGCCUGCAUAUAUAGAAUAAAAAUGCUUCUUGAAUAAAAUAAAACAAAUAUCCCUUUCCUGCAUAACAAUUAAAUUAAAAUAUACUGUGUAAUUAAUACAAUGUAGACAGUAACAGGCAGACUUUUCCACUGAGGUUGACAGUUGUGCAAAUAACAAAACAUUUGUGCAAAUCUCACAUAAAACAUUCAAGUCAAUUUGUCACAAAAUAAGCUACAUGAAUAUUAUUAUUAUUUAUUAUUAUUUUUUUUUACAAAUCGAUAUAAACGAUAUUGUCUCGUACCAUAUCGCGUUUGAAAAUAUAUUGAUAUAUAUUAAAAUCUUGAUAUAUCGCCCAGCCCUACUCCCACAUAUUAAAAACUUAAAAUAUAACCUUUGCAGAGCAAAUGUAGGUGUGAAGUCUAAACUCGUACCGCCGUGCCCCGAUUUACAAACUCCCAGCUCGUUUAAAUUCACCUUAAAAACAAAAUGUUGUUACACGAGGAAAGAAAUAAUUCCAAAGAUGGAUUUGCAUUGUUUGUUUACGUCGUAUGUGGUCAUGGAGGAUUUGUAGCAUUUUCAUUUAAAAUCUCUGUUCAACAUCCGAUUAACUCCAUGAGCGUGUUUGUGUGUACACAUCACAUUUGAGUCACAUGAUUUAAAUAUUUAUUACUGUCAAGUAUGCUAACAUAGCUGUUACAGGGUCCUUCCUAACUCUGCAUUGAUGUCGUUCAGACAUGAUGCUUUUGUGUUGCAUUGUUGCUUUUCUACACAACACAAACAGCAUCUAACUUUAAAAAGAAAAAAAGACUUUUCUGUUUCUGAGACAUAUUUAUAAGUGUCUGUUCUCUCAAAUUACUGUCUGGAUCUCACUCUGCUGUCACUUGUCAUGUUUGUUUUAAAACUGUAUUAACACACUGAUAUUUACAGAGAUAGAUCACCUUUUCUCAAGGUGUGCACGUCUGUAAAUGGGAAAGUCAAGAGCAAUCAGCCUUUUUCAUAUUUUUGUAAGAUGAAAGUUUGAGAACUGGACAGUCGGUCCAGUAGAAGGUUUUAAAUCAGGAUAAACACGUAGUUACUGGUUUUCUUAGCGGCAGGCCACACUGCUGUUCCUCAUGGUGCAAUGUUGGUUUUGUAGCAGACAUCACUACAGUAAAGGACUGGGGAGAGCGUGACAUGUUGUGUUUGGCUGAAGCAGAAUCCUUGGACAUAAUGACCUAACACUAACACGUUACACCGAGCGCGAGUAAAAUGCUUUAUAUGGACCAGAUGAAUUUUAAGUGUAUUAGCCACAGCUCUGCCUCUGCUGUGUUUUGAUGUAUAGAAAGAUUUGCACUCAACACCAGUGGUCAGUAGCAGGUACACUAGACUCACCUGUACUAUGCAACUAUUGGGACAAUCUGCUUAUUGUACAACAUUGUGACAUGAUUGUGUUCUUGAGUGCUAAAUGCAAUAACUUUCUUUUUGUUUUCAUUAAACGCAAAUCUUUUUUUAUUUGUAACAUUUAUUGGUUUAUAUUAUUGAAUAAAACAGUUAUCUAUG